AAAGUAUUUCACGUGGAAAUUGUUCGGAUAUUUAUCUUAUAAUUAAUUAAUACUGUAUAAAUAAUUCAAAUAAAUAUAAUUAAAAAAGAAAUUAGUUAAGAAUGUGUGAAGUCGAAACUAUUACAAAAAUCGCCAAAACUCUUGGUGUUCCAGCUGGCGAAGUGAAGCUCAAUUCUGAGAAGAUCAUUACUCGCACGAACAACAACAACACGGUAUCUGGUUUUGCCACUAUUCUUAACGUACUCGCACAAGAAUCUAAAUCAGAGAUUGCACGCAACAGUACAGCGACACGGGAAAUUGCCGCGGACGUCUACCAAUGGAUUGAAUUUGCUGUAUUGUAUGUGGCACCUGGUUCCAAAGACAAACAUAUAUCCCAUCAACUAUUACGUGAUUUUAAUAAACUAUUCGCCACUAAAUCCUACUUAGUAGGAUAUUUUAUUACAUUAGCGGAUUUAGCUAUAUUUUAUGCCAUCUACAAUUUGGUGAAAUCUCUUUCACCGGUCGAAAAAGAAAAUUAUUUAAAUCUCUCCCGUUGGUUUGACCAUCUGCAACAGAGACCGGAAAUACGUCAAGGCGGUCAAGUGCUCAACUUCACCACAAUUUACUUGCAUGGAUGGGCGAAAGGCACACAUGUAUAAAUCUCCCACACUUCAUGUUAAUGAACUAUUUAUUUUCCCCGUGAAUAACAAUAACAACAUAUGUGAAAAAUACUAAGUAGGAAAAAGUGUACGUAUUUAUUUGAAAUUACUUAAUGUAUUACAUACUAAAAUAUGCUCAAUCAUCACUUCUGUUCAUUAUUUUUUCUUAAGUAAAAAGCAAUUUGGAAUAAAAUUCAGUAUUUUGCCAGCUACUUAAUAACUCCGUGAAGUAAAUGCUAUUAUCAGUUCUUACGUUCUUCAAAAAAUUUCAAGUUCUUAAAAAUUUUCAAAUUUAUUACAAAUCAUUUACUCUCAAAUUCGUAUAAUAGGUUUGCAAAAUAUUUGUAGUUCAAAAAUUGAAGAAAAUAAAUUUUAAACAGCAUUAGAAUCUUUUCACUCUUGAUGCCGAAAAGGGCUUCGAUUUUUUUUUUUU